CCUCACGGGACCUCAGAAACGCUCUGUACCUUGGUGAAUGGAGAGAAACCAAUACAUGUCUUCUACAUCAACAACGUCGCAAUUUGUCGUAUUUACGGUGGAUUAUCGUCUAGUUUUGUGUGAAACCUCAGUGACCUACAUCGCCUUGCCCAACAUACGUCACCACCACAACAUGGCCGCCCAGUCGGCACAGAAAAGCAGAAAGCGACUUCCGGUGCCUGCGAGACCAAAGUCAGGGGGCAAAUAUUCCACGUCGGCGUGCGUCCUACGUCACGACGCACUAUCAGCUGUUGUCUCCCUUCAAUCUCGACCUCCGGGGCGCUCUGCUCUAUCUGCAUGCACACUCACAGAACCUCUGCUGUCAUUCUGCCCGCUUUUAAAACCACAUGCUGCUAGUGGACCGCCCGGUACCGGAGCAUAUGCUGCCAUGAGUUCUUUGUGUCGCUUGAUCCAGAGAGGACUGCUGAGCGGUCGGCCGGCGUGUCGUUUCUUCCCCGGACAGCAGGAUGUGUGCGGGGUGGCUCCCACGGUCCGGGCAGCCAGCUCAUCCAGCCCACUCAGCUUGACCUAUGAUGUCUUCGAUGGGAAGGGAGAGAGCACUCCCCUGGUGUUUCUUCAUGGCCUCUUUGGCAGCAAAUCAAACUUCCACUCAAUAGCGAAGUCCUUGGUGCAGCGCACGGGCCGAAAGGUGCUGACUGUAGAUGCCCGUAACCAUGGCAACAGCCCUCACAGCCCAGUGCUGACCUAUGAAGCGAUGUCGGAUGAUCUGAAACACCUCCUUGCCAAGCUGCGCAUCGAGAAGUGCGUCCUCAUCGGCCACAGCAUGGGAGGGAAAACGGCCAUGACGACCGCCCUGACGCAGUCUGGUUUAGUGGAGAGGUUGGUGGUAGUGGACAUCAGUCCAGCCCAGACAUCCACGCGCACCAACUUCCGGUACUACAUCCAGGCCAUGCAGGAGGUGAAGAUCUCCAGUGACAUCCCACGAUCCACCGCCAGACGGAUGGCUGAGGAUCAGCUGCGCAAAUUGGUCAAGGAGCGCUCGGUGCGUCAGUUCCUGCUGACUAACCUGGUGGAGCAGAAUGGCCACUAUGCCUGGAGAGUCAACCUGGAGGCCAUCUCUGCGCACCUGGACCACAUCAUGAGCUUCCCCAACUUUGACACCAUCUAUGAGGGACCUACGCUGUUUUUGGGUGGAGCCAGUUCUGCUUAUAUCAGCUCCGAUGAUUACCCAGAAAUCCAGAGGCUGUUCCCCAGCGCUGACAUCCAGUACAUCCCAGACGCGAGCCACUGGAUCCACGCAGACAAACCCUUAGACUUCAUCAGCUCCAUCAGCUCCUUCCUGCAGUCCUAGCCGCCUCCCACCUUCCUUCUCUCUGAACUUUUUUUUUUAAGUGCUCGGCACUUCUGAGCGUCAGCAGCUUCAGCAAGAGCGAGCGAAGUCAUUAACGAUGCUAAUAGAUGCCAACACUGGACCAAACUCACCCUUUUACAGCAUUCAGUUCUUAUCUUCAAACAAACAUAGAUUAUUGUAGUGUAGGUGAACAGAUGGUGUUACUAGAUUUGCUUUUUUCAUUGGUUUUUAGAUCAGUAGGUAGAAAAUAUAAAUACAAAAUAUCUCCAGUGUAACAUGUCGGGGCUGUACUAAUCCAAAGAAACUCUUUGCACAGUGAUUUCUUUAUGUCGAAACAUUUAUGCCAGUAUAACAGCAAAGCGGCUUUAGGUCAAGUACAAUCUGGGACUGCCAAAGUGGACCAGCAGUCAAAUAGUUGGAUAUGAACGUUUUUGACAGCACUGGAAUGAAACAGAUACUUAAUAUCUGUGCAGCUCCUCCGGGAGAAAAGUGACGAAUGUGCAAAGCAGAACUUGCUUCUUUGCAGGAGGGAGUUUGGUAUCAUGUGUCUGGAGGUCGGAGCUCUGCAAACACAGACUUUAUAUGUACAGAUAGUUUGUUGUAGGAACUUUUAUUUUAAAACUUUAUUGUUAAUAAUAGUGAUAUAUUUAAUAUUUUGGUCGGGAUCAUUAGUUCUCAUGCUCUCUGUGUAUGUGCUGUGUGUUGGAGACGAGGAUUUACAGGUCAGUUACUUUGGCUCAACUCGAGGUCAUCGAGAGCACUGGUUAUAUAUUUUUUCGUCUAUGAAAACCAAGCUGAAACUCUCAAAUGCAGCAUUCACAAUCGGUUUCCUGAAUAUCUCAGGUUAAAACUGGAUAUGCUAAUUAUUAUACACUUAUAUUAUUCCUGUGUGUGUCUGGCAGUAAGCCGUGGUAACGUCUUGUCCUUGUAGUUGGUCGAUGUUUUGAUGCAACAUGUUUUACUGAUUUAUUAUCUGUAUCUCACUUAUCUUUACAACUAAGGCACAAGGCUGUGUGGGUAUCUGACGAAUAUAUGCUGCAACAAUGUAUGGUGUUAUCUAAUCGUAAUGAUGUUCAUAUAUUUUCUGCUCCAUGGGUUUGAAGAGUUCAGUCCACAGUAGUGAAACUGCCAUCUGUAUGAAUAAGCAGGGUGUUGUAAAUUUGUAUGUGCCUCUUUUGUCGAGAGCUCCUUUUCCAUGUCUGUAAAACUUGACAUAAAAAAAGAAAACUUUUAUCCUACAAUAAUAACUAGCGGUCUUUAGAUUGGCAGCUGGGUUGCCAGUUCUGUGUGAAUUUUCUCACACGGAAGCUCGACAGACGAGGGUGAAUCCCUUCAUGGCGCUAGGUGUUUACUACAAUCAGUGUUUUACGUUUGUUGGCUGUGAAAAGUCUUAAUAGGCUUUAAAUGAUCAGAAUUAAGUUGAGUGAAACUCUCCUAAUGUUAUUAUUUUUGUAAAGCUCCAGUUAGCGGAGAAGCACCCCCUCAUCCUCCUCAACCACGGGGCAGAUCUGUCCCGUUGCACA